AUGUCAUCAUCCAGCGAUAUUUUUCGACAGCUUCAAGCAGAUAGAGAAAAUAGCCGCUGUUUUGACUGUGGAAAAGCUGGAGCUCAGUGGGCCUCAGUGAAUCUUGGCAUCUUCCUGUGCUUAGAGUGUUCAGGUCAGCACCGUGCGCUUGGAGUUCACAUAAGCUUCGUAAGAUCCACCACAAUGGACUCUUGGUCUCCUCAGCAGCUUCAGCUGAUGUCCAACGGAGGUAAUAGGCGACUCAGAGAAUUUUUUAACUCAUACUCAAUGCCUCCAAACUGCACAAUUCAAUUCAGAUAUUACACAAAAGCAGCUGAAUAUUAUAGAGAGCUCCUCAAAGCAGAGGUCGAAAGACGUCAGCUUAAUUUUCCACCUCCUACCCAAUCAUCAGCCCUUCAGCCUUUUGCCCAAGCCCCAGUUCCACGACCUCAAGUCCCUCGUCCUGUUGAUAAUCGGACGUCAAUCGAAAACCCCCAUUUUGCCUCAAACUACCGUUCAGACUCUGCCGAAAGCUCUUCUUGGUGGGGAACUUCUAAAUCUUUGCUGGGCGGGGCAGUUUCUAAAGCUUCAGAAUGGGCUUCUUCAGCUGUAGAAACUGUAAAAGAUAAUGGGCUCAUAGGAAGUAUUAAGAGCGGGGCAUCAGUGGUAAUUGAUAAAUCAAAAGAAGUAGGAGGGAAUAUUGCGGAGAAAAUAAGGGAAAGCAGCAUAGGAGAAAAAUCAUUAGACGCCCUCAGCACUGUAGGAGGGUAUGUAUCUGAAGGAGCUUAUGCGGCAUAUUCAAAAGUAAGGGGAAAUGGAAAGCCUUCGCUGUAUAGAGAUAUUGAUGAUGUUCCAAAUGAUGCAGGGGAAAAAUUGUUUUAUCCAGAGACUAAUUCACAGUAUGGAGGAGCGCAGAGAGGAAAUUAUGUCCCGCCUACUGGAGAAUUCAGCUGGAAAAAGGAUGAAGAAUUGGUGCAGCCAAGGCAAGACCAAAGGUAUUUUAACCAGAAUAGAGUUGAGCCUAACCGGGCGUUUGGAUAUAGAUCUUUUCUUAAUUUGACCUUCUACAGGUAGGAAAAUCAGUAGUAGGGUAGGGUAUUUAUAAUUUUUUGUUAUGUUAAUUUGACCUUCUAUGAGGGACGAUCGUCUAUAUUUGGCAAAUCUCCCUAUUUAAGCUUGACCAAUUAUCCCUAUAGGACACCAAUGCAAGAAAAAUAUCAUACCAAAAUAAUGGCAGAAGUUAUACCCAAGAUAGAAAUUAUCAGCAAGAGGAACCAAGAGGCUAUCAAAGAGAAGAACAAAGAAACUACCAAAGAGAAGAACAAAGGAGCUUCCAAAAAGAGCCAAACUAUUAUCAAGAGCCCAGAGGCUACUACCAAAAUGCACCAAGAUCCCAAACCUAUGACGAAGUUCCUGACUUUUUGACUGGAGAUAUAAAAGCGAAUAAAUUCGAUUAG